UCCACAACGUUACUCGCCCCUUCUUCCCCUUUGUCGGUUUGGAAUAAGAAAUCAAUUGGAUUGUCAUGGAGAACAACAACAGCACUAGCAAUUGGAAUGGGAAAUCAACGUUUGGAGAUGGAGCCAAAACCACAAAUGAACAAGAAGAAAACUAUAAUGUUUAUUACGAUGACAAUCAUUUGAAUAUUGAAAGUGAGGAAGAGGAAAAGGAAGAUGAAGAAGAAGAGGAAGAGGAAGGGAAGCAUGAACGGGAAGAGGCUCUGCGUCAAUCCUUGUCAAGAUCUCCUUUUACUAAUCGGUAUCAGAGCUUCUUUCCUCUUGACCUAUGGAUUCUGGUUGUUAACUUAGUUGAAAUGAUUGAAGAUGGUAUAUCUGCAUUGGAAGCCAAGUUAUUCGAUGUUGAUGGUUGUGUGAGAUUGAUCAAUUAUGUGGUGUGGGAUUAUAAGAAGCACAAGAAGAUGUUAUAGGUUGUGGAAUGCUUCUUAGUAAUUUCAAAAAAGAUUUAAUGGAAUUUUAGAAAACAUAAGUAAAAAUGGGAGUUUUUUUGUGGCACCUGUCCCUUGAGGACAAAGACAUCUUCAAAGGGGUAGAAGUACAUCUAUGGUUUAAGUAUUGCAAAUGUAGCAAAGACAAGCUAUUGAAAGAGGGAGAACUUAUGUAUUCAAAGCUACAAUUGAAGUUGAAGUCACAAUUCCUUGAGCAAUAUUUCUUCUCACAGUUUAGUUCCUGGGAAUUUUUCAAAGUUCUUUUCCAUGUGUUUGGCUUGAGAAGGAUUAAGUUGUUGAAUUUCUUAAUGAUGAAACCACUUGUUGAUGGAGUUUGUUCUUAGUCAAGAAGUUGGGUUCAACUUGUGUGAAUGAAGAUGUGUUUGGUUGUUAUGCAAAGUGGCUAUGGCCAUUUACCUCUCUCUUGGUUAGAUACUAAUGCAGGGGAAAAGAGAUGCAUCCAUGAAAUGCUUUGCAUAGUUGUUGGAAUUUUAGUGAUGUGCUCUCUGAUAGAAGAAAUAUGGAUGUUGCCA